CCAAACAGGAAGAGUUUGGUUUCAUGUGACGCUCAGAUGCAAGAAGCUGCAGCUCGCAGCAGCUGCAAACUUUGCUCCAAACAUGAGGAUGAACAUCUUUCCAAAGUUUGCUCUCAAACAGUUCAGCACCUACAUCUCAAUCAUUGUGAUCUUUGUUCACAACGUCGUGCUUGAGAAGGAUCUGAAGUGCAGCUGUGAGCAGCAAGCUCUUCACUGCAGCUGCUACAUGUUUCUGCCGUUUUUUACUCUGCUAAUUCUACAGCUGUGGAUGGACAAGUCUUUUCAGAGAGGACUGAAGUACGGCUGCACGUUUUUCUGCACGCUAUGUUACGACGUGCUGAAGGCAGCUUUGGUCAGCACAAUGUGGGUUUCCUCCGUGCUCAUCGAUGGAGACUGGUACCUCUGCUGUCAGAACAACCAUUCUGACAAACAGGCCAAGUUAGCCUGCAAGGACGAGAAAAACAUCACACUGGAGGAGAAGGCGCUCAUAGCCGAACUGAAGAACACGUCUUUGGUCAUCGGCCUCAUUUUGCUCCUCAUUGUAACCUUGGUGGCCGCCUCGUUGUCGCCACUCAUUCGAUCUAAGUACUGCAAAUGUUUCAGAGGAGAAAAUCUGUAUUUCAAACUGAUUUCGGAGGUGGAGGAAACCGAGCUGACGGAAGUUUUGCAAGCAGCGGCAAAAGAAAGUUUGAGUCGUGGAAUCAAGGCCAAGUUUGAUGCAGGAAAGUGGAAGGAAUCCUUCAAUGUCGCUGGACAGCUGAUCAAUGACAAGGCUGCACCUGUACAUCCCAAACAGUCCGCAGCUACAGACCGAACGGCCACAAGUACAACAGCAGACACAGCUGGAGCAGCAGCAGCAGCAGCAGCAGCAGCAGCAUCAUCAUCAUCAGCAGCAGCAGCAGCAGCAGCAUCAUCAUCAUCAUCAGCAGCAGCAUUUGAGGCGCCCAUUGAACUUCAGGAGAGGAGCACACAGCAUGCAGGUGAAGCUGAUCCACUGGUCUCCACCGAGCUCGGGAAGGAAGAGAAAGCUUAAAAGGAUGUUGACGACGACCGCUGUUUAUACUCCUGAACCCCUAUAGAUACACUGAUUUUGCUAAAGUUACCACAUACCCACAUAUAGCAGCGCUUACACGUAGAGGCUUGAGACUCAUAGUUUUCUCUUAUGAUUAUUGUGCUCAUCGCAGACAUGUUAUCAGUAGAGUUAUGGAAGGUUGCACUCUCCUGGGAAAGAAGUUCUGUUCCCAGCACCAUGAUGGCUACUCCUGAUAUGAAUUGUUUAGCUUUUGCUUUUAAACAUUAUGAUUGUUUCUGUUGCUCUGUUUACUAUUUCCACAUGCAGGUGCACUUCUUCACUGAACUCAUGGUAUUUACUGUAUGCACACAGUUUAGUUUGAUAAGCAGGCCUCUAAUCGGUCAUGUUAGGUUCGUUGCAAUAGAUACACGCCUCAAUGACAACAUUCACUCGUCUUUUAUAUCACUUUUCAGUAAUUUCACAUGAACAGUGGCUGGCCUGUUCAUGUCAGAAAUAACUGGCCAAUGAGACUCGGCCUGUGCAGGUCCAACCUCUGUACAGGGCAGUCCCUGCCCAAGAAGAUAACUGUGAACCCCACCCGGAAAUCGGUGCUCCUUCUGACAGAGAUCCUGCGAGAGCUCUGUCACUCUCAGCCCAGCGCUGCCUUACUUUACCUGUGACCUAAAUAAAUUCUACAUCUUUGAUCUGAAGAUGUCUUCGGCUUGUUCUUGGUCUUCCGACUAAAGAAUCGGGUUAACACAGGUAAAUCUGUUCUGUGUGACAGGACUAAAGCCUUUGGACCGAAUAUAAACUCUACUCAUUCUGUCAUCUGUUCUCUGUCAGAUGUCCGACUGAAGUUGUGUCUUUCUAACAGAGGGAGAUGCUUUUACAGACAACUUAGCACGACAGCGACACCCAGGACAGGACGGUCGAAACCAAAAGCUCUGUGACGACUUGUCGUGAUAAAAAGGUUCUUGAUUCUUUUCUUUUUUUUUAACCAGUGUAGCAGUGGACUCAAACCUUUCAGAACUGCUCAUUUUGUGAUGAGCUUUUAAAAACAUAGAGCACACCUCGUGAAAUUGUCUUUCUUACUUACUAAUCAUUAUUUUUAUUAUGUCUUUAAAUCAUUAAAUUCUAUGAUUGUU